AUGGCUCCUUCCGAUAACCAGUAUGACAUUGUCAUCAUCGGUGCCGGCCCCGUCGGUAUCCUUCUCUCCCUUUGCAUGUCGCGAUGGGGUUACAAGGUGAAGCACAUCGAUAACCGCCCCGUUCCCACGGCCACCGGUCGUGCCGAUGGCAUCCAGCCCCGUUCCACCGAGAUUCUGCGCAACCUCGGUCUGAAGCGUCAGAUCAUGGCCUACCACCCCGCCAAGGUCUACGAUGUGGCUUUCUGGGACCCUCUGCCCGGGGGCAAGGGUAUUCAUCGCACCGGUAGCUGGCCUAGCUGCCCCCGUUUCAUUGACACCCGUUACCCCUUCACCACCCUCGUCCACCAGGGAAAGAUCGAGCGCGUGUUCAUCGAUGAGAUCGAAAAGGCUGGCGGCACCAUCGAGAGACCCUGGACCAUCGUCGGAUUCAAGAACGAUGGCUUGGACAAGACCUACCCCGUCGAAGUCCAGCUCAAGUGCAUUGACACCAACGUUAUUGAGACGGUUCGCACCAAGUACCUCUUCAGCGGGGAGGGCGCUCGCUCGUUCGUGCGCCAGCAGCUCAACAUCCCCAUUCAUCACAAGGACCCCAUCGCCUACGUCUGGGGUGUCAUGGAUGGUGUCGUGAGAACCAACUUCCCCGACAUUGAGACCAAGUGCACCAUUCACUCCGAUGCUGGUUCCAUCAUGGUUAUUCCCCGUGAGGACAACAUGGUUCGUCUCUACGUGCAGAUCGCCUCCUCCAGCGACCCCGACUGGAACCCCAGAAAGACCGCCACCGCCGAGGAGGUCCAGGCCACCGCGAAGAAGAUCCUCGCUCCCUACUGGAUCGAGUGGGACCGUGUUGAGUGGUACUCCGUCUACCCCAUCGGUCAGGGUAUCUCCGAGCGCUACACCCUCGAUGAGCGUGUCUUCAUGGGCGGCGACGCCUGCCACACUCACAGCCCCAAGGCCGGUCAGGGUAUGAACACUGCUUUCCACGAUGCUCUGAACAUGGCCUGGAAGCUGCACGCCGUCGAGUCCGGUCUAGCUGAACGCUCCAUCCUGAGCACCUACGAGUCCGAGCGCAAGGACAUCGCCGAGACCCUCCUGAACUUCGACGCCAAGUACGCUGCGUUGUUCUCGAAGCGUCGCCCCACUGCCGGAGAAGUUGGUGAGGCCAGCCACAUGGUCGCCAAGGUUGGCACGGAUGAGGACGAGUUCGUCAAGACCUUCAAGUCUUCUUGCGAGUUCACCUCCGGAUACGGCGUGGCCUACAAGCCCAACGUCUUCAACUGGGAUGAGAGCCACCCGGCCCAGUCUCCUCUCUUCGGCGUCCCCGGCGUGAAGCUGAAGGUCGGCCGUGCUUUCACUCCUACGACCGUGACCCGUCUGGCCGAUGCCAACUUUGUGGAUCUGGAGCAGGAGGUGCCUGCCAACGGUGCAUUCCGUAUCUUCAUCUUUGCCGGCAAGCAGGCCAACACCAAGAAGGCCAUCAGCGACCUCGCCGCCAACCUGGAGAAGGAGCGGUCCUUCCUCUCUGUGCACCGCCGCCCCGACAUCGCCGAUGUGUCGUUCUUCGAGCGCCAUCAGCCGCACUCCAAGCUCUUCACUAUCUGCGUCAUCUACGCCGCCGAGAAGAACCAGGUUGACAUUGACUCCGUGCCCAAGAUCCUCCGUGACUAUCACCAUCACAUCUACGCGGACGACAUUCCGGAUGUCCGGGUGCCCCAGGCUCAGUUCGCCGCUCACGAGAAGCUUGGCUUCGAUCCUGAGAAGGGUGGUGUUGUGGUCACCCGUCCUGACAGCCACGUUGCCUGCACUGUCCAGCUGGCUGAGGGCAGUGGCACCGUGGAUGCCCUGAACGCAUACUUCAAUGCUUUCUCGACGAAGCCCAUUGGCCAGGACGCUCAGCAGAGCCGUCUGUAA